AGUACGUUUAUGUAUUUUACCUUGUACUGAAUUGGUUAAUUCAGCCUUCCUAUUGAAGUCUUUAACUUGGGUUUGGCCGUAAAACUAGAAAAAUAGACGGGUUGACAUUGAUAUCAUUCAUGCAUGAGCAUAUUAUUGGGAGAUAUAAUCAAUUAUAUGUGGUUCUAUGAUAAAUUGGGUGCACGAUGUUGCCCAAUUGAAGUUUGUGGUGCCAAAGAGUGAUAAUUCUAUGGGGUUUUUCGGUGUCUUAUGAGGGCUGACAUUGAUAUCUCUCAUGCAUGAGCUAAGAAGCAUAUGAUGUGAUUGUAACCUGGGUGGUCUUUCUAAUGUGUUGUGAUAUGAUUCUGCAACUUCUAUAACUAUGCUACCAUGUAAUAUUUCAGGAAUACCAUCCUAAAUUAAGAUGGAACCUAAUAUCUGGAAUACAUUUGUUAGUUUAUCCAUCUUUCAUUUUUUGCGGAACCUUAGAUGGAAACAUGGUAGACCUUACUGACACAGUAUAGCAUAAGCUCCAUGUCCUCUACUGCCAUGCGGGGAAAUUCAUCUGAUUCAUCUUCGCCAGAACAAUCAGUAGACAGGGAAUCAGAGUCUGAUGAAGUUCUGAGUGAGGAAGAGGACGAUGUUAGCAAAGAAACACAAAAUGCGCCUUUUCCUUCAGAUAGCUAUGGACAAGAGCAGCAAAAUGUUCAGCAGGGAGUACCAAACAUGCUUCCAAGUAAUGAACAAACCCUUGGGCAGGUUCCACUCGAACUUGUUGGACACUCAAUUGCCUGUGCUCCAAAUCCAUAUUGUGAUCCAUAUUACAGUGGAAUGAUGGCAGCGUAUGGUCAGCCUUUGGUUCAUCCUCAGUUCCUUGAUAUGCACCAAGCGAGGAUGCCAUUGCCCCUUGAAAUGACACAGGAGCCUGUUUAUGUGAAUGCGAAACAAUACCAUGCAAUAUUGCGGCGAAGACAAUCACGUGCCAAGGCGGAGCUUGAAAAGAAGCUGAUAAAAGACAGAAAGCCUUAUCUUCAUGAAUCUCGGCAUCAGCAUGCUAUGAGAAGGGUGAGGGGUUCCGGUGGUCGUUUUGCAAAGAAGACUGAAGUUGAUUCCUUAAAGCGUGCAGAUGAAGAUAAGAACACGACUGCUUCAGGCUCAGCUAUCUCAUCCCAGUCUGUGAAUUCAACAGGUAUAAAACGUAUGCGAUUAGAAUCUGCUGAGAGUUUGGACUUCCACAAGGAAACAAGAGGGGACAGAUUGGUAAAUUCUCUGAGGUACAAUAACGAAGACAAUUACCAGGCAUCAGGGUAUCAUUUGGAUAGAGGGGAUGGAGGUUCUUUAGGCCAGCAGUGGAUAAGCAUAUCAUCUAACCAGGCUUCACAGAGGGCUGUUGCCAUGAAGUGAAGUCAGGUGUUCGAUACCACUCUACGGCUUUCUUGAAGCUGGCCGGCAAAUCAUUCUUGGCUCUGGUUUUAAUGCAGAAGGGAGAGGGCAAAAAGGUAAAUGUACCUUCCAAUUGCCUCUUUUCACUUUUAAGAUUUUCUUUUCCAUGAUCGGUGUCUGUGUACAAAGUAUGUUUUUUGAGGUUAGAAAGAAUUGGUGUGUUUGUGUUUUGUUUUCUGAAGGUUUGGUAUUUGGAAUUGGAUGGUGAAGCAUCAAUGAUUGGUCGUAUCU